CGCCGCUCUAGGAGCGCAGUCCCACCCAUUUCGAGAUCAUUCAUACCCGAUUUCGACGCAGUCCAUCGUUACUCAAACCACGGCAGGGCACUAUUAAGUUUAUUGCCUUUCUGCAGCUACUCACGCGCACCCAGCGGCGCGCGUCGCAAGGAUGGACCGGCCCCGUACACCAGAUGGCGGACGCUAUCAACGGCCGCCUGCAUACGACGAGGAUGAGCUCUUACCGUCGACGCAAGGGAGCGCAACAAUGCGCUUGUUGACAAACGCAGAGGAUGUGUACCAACCAACCGAGCCCUCCUCGCGUGCAUACCACCAGCCGACCGUGUCCGGCCUGUCACGCACCCAGUCAGUGCUGGACACGGCCCCGAACAUGCCGCCGCCCUCGUCAGACGGCUCGUCGCCGCCGUACCAGCCAUAUCGCAGGCCACUGUCGCCCGACCGCCCAUACUCGCCCAUCCGCACCUCAUUCGACUACGCGCGGCCGCCUGCAUCGACACAGUACGAGCCCGAGACGCUCGACGGCAGCCCGCGUCCAGGGAGUCCAACGCGCCCAGGCAGUCCCAGGCGGCCUCUGCCUCCCCAGCCACUGUUCGCCGGCGGUGCGCGACCCGUGGCGCACGACUCUGCGUUUGGGCCAGACAUGGGCGACAUGACGUCGAUACCCAUCGACGAGGACCCCUUUGACGAGGACAGCAAAACGUACGACCGCCGCCCCGACUUCGACUCGCGAGGAUCCUACAUGUCCGACGACACGUUCACCGACGGCUACACCAACAUGGAAGAGAAGGACGAGCACUAUGGGCCGGCUCCAACCGGUGCCAUGCCGCGACGAGGAGCGCGCGAUGCCGUCAUGACCAAGAAGGAAGUCCGCCUGAUCAACGGCGAGCUGAUCCUGGAGUGCAAGAUCCCCACCAUCCUGUACAGUUUCCUGCCGCGGCGAGACGACAUCGAGUUCACCCACAUGCGAUACACGGCCGUCACCUGCGACCCAGACGACUUCGUGGACCGAGGGUACAAGCUGCGCCAGAACAUUGGGAAUCCGCGAGAGACGGAGCUCUUCAUCUGCAUCACCAUGUACAACGAGAACGAGAUCGACUUCACCCGCACCAUGCACGGCGUCAUGCAGAACAUCAGCCACUUUUGCUCGCGGAUGAAGUCGCGAACAUGGGGGAAAGACGGGUGGCAGAAGAUUGUCGUGUGCAUCAUCUCUGACGGACGAAGCAAAGUGCAUCCCCGUACGCUAGACGCCAUUGCCGCCAUGGGAUGCUUCCAGGAGGGAAUCGCGAAGAACCACGUCAACCAGCGCGAAGUCACGGCCCACGUCUACGAAUACACAACACAAGUCUCGCUCGACUCGGAUCUGAAAUUCAAGGGUGCUGAGAAGGGCAUUGUGCCGUGUCAGAUGAUCUUCUGCUUGAAGGAAGCCAAUUCGAAGAAGCUGAACUCGCAUCGUUGGUUCUUCAAUGCUUUUGGCCGCGCGCUGAACCCAAACAUCUGCAUCUUGCUUGAUGUUGGAACGAAGCCUGGGCCCAAAGCCCUGUACCAUCUCUGGAAAGCGUUCGAUACCGACUCCUCCGUGGCUGGAGCUGCUGGCGAGAUCAAGGCUGGCAAGGGCAAGGCCUGGCUUGGUCUGCUCAACCCCCUGGUUGCAUCGCAAAACUUUGAGUACAAGAUGUCCAAUAUCCUCGACAAGCCGCUAGAGUCAGUCUUCGGCUACAUCACAGUGUUGCCUGGUGCGCUGUCGGCGUAUCGAUACCACGCGCUGCAGAACGACCACACUGGUCAUGGACCGUUGAGCCAGUACUUCAAGGGAGAAACACUGCACGGUCAAGAUGCGGAUGUGUUCACAGCGAACAUGUAUCUCGCUGAGGAUCGUAUCUUGUGCUGGGAGUUGGUUGCAAAACGUAGCGAACAGUGGGUCUUGAAGUAUGUCAAGGCUGCCACUGGUGAGACUGAUGUGCCUGACACCGUCCCCGAGUUCAUCUCGCAACGCCGACGUUGGCUCAAUGGUGCUUUCUUCGCCGCCGUCUACUCACUGCUCCACUUCAAGCAGGUCUGGUCGACUGAUCACACUCUCUGGCGCAAAGCCCUCCUCCACAUCGAAUUCGUCUACCAGUUUGUGCAACUCAUGUUCACAUUCUUUUCGCUCGCCAACUUCUACCUCACCUUUUACUUCGUCGCCGGUUCGCUCGCUGACCCAGAGAUGGAUCCCUUCGGCCACAACAUCGGCAAAGUCAUUUUCUACAUCCUGCGCUACACCUGCACGCUGCUCAUCUGCAUGCAAUUCAUCUUGUCAAUGGGCAACCGUCCCCAGGGUGCCAAGAAGAUGUUCCUCUGGAGCAUGAUCGGCUACGGUGUCAUCAUGGCCUACACGACCUUUGCCUCGAUCUACAUUGUCGUAUACCAACUCAAGCACAGCGACGCCCCCAAGACCAUUGGCAACAACACCUUCACCAACCUCAUCGUCUCCACCGCAACGACCAUCGGCCUGUACUUCCUCAUGUCCUUCAUGUACCUCGACCCGUGGCACAUGUUCACCUCGUCCGCGCAAUAUUUCGCCCUCCUCCCGUCCUACAUUGCAACGCUGCAAGUCUACGCCUUCUGCAACACGCACGACAUCACAUGGGGCACCAAGGGCGACAACGUAGCAAAGACGGACCUGGGCGACGCCAAAGCCAAAGCCGGCAACGUAGUCGAACUCGAAAUGCCCUCAGAGCAGCUCGAUAUCGACUCUGGCUACGACGAAGCGCUGCGCAACCUGCGCGACCGCGUCGAAGUCCCUGAGAAACCCAUGAGCGAGAGCCAGCAGCAGGAAGACUACUACCGCGCCGUGCGCACCUACAUGGUCGUCAUCUGGCUGAUUUCCAACGCCGUGCUCGCCAUGGCCGUCAGCGAGGCCUACGGCAACCGCAAGGUCACCAACAACGUCUACCUUACCUUCAUCCUCUGGAGUGUUGCGGCGCUCGCCUUGUUCCGCGCCGUCGGCAGCACCAGUUUCCUUGUCAUCGAGUGGAUCCACCGCGCCAUGGAGACGAAGCUCAAGUGGGAGGACAAGAUCGAGGACAAAAAGGGCGGCACGACGGGGCUCGGCGGCGGCAUCAAGAGUAAGCGCAAGGGCAAGUGGUGGAAGUUUGGCUUCGGCGGGAGCUACGGGGGUUCUGUUGUGUCGAGCGCGUGGUUCAGCAAGAGCAGCAUCUCGAGCAAGCUGUCGAGCAUCAGCCCGAGUAAUUGGGGCGGGAGCUCUGUGGGGCGGUAAAAGCGUUACAUGUAUAGCGCGCGGUGGUGUUGUAGACGGUCGAUUCGGGGGUGGGUGGCAUUGCUGCAGCGUUUUCGAAGGCGUCACGAAGUCAUGAAAUGUAAGCCGUGUUGGGGUUUUGGCGUUGGGUGAAGCGUUGGAUGUUAGUAUAGAUACCUUCCUUUGCACAUCUGAGGCAUUGGCGAUAUGAAUGGUGUUUGUGUUUGUAUCAUGGGUAUGAGAUGUAUAUAAU